AUGCCGCCCAAACAGUGGAUUGACAAGAAGAAUGCGAGCACAUUCCAGCUCUUUCACCGGUCUCAAAAUGAUCCGUUGAUCCACGAUACCAGUGCGGAUGACCGUUUCCUGUACCAGGUCGGAGGCCCCGCGCCCGCGCCCGCUCCCGCACCGUCUUCCGUAAAGACCUCGAAGAAGCCAUUGCCAAAUUUGUCUGAUCUCCAGUCCGAAUAUGGCGACAGUGCUCGCAAGAAUGAGGGCGAGGCCGCCAACUACGGCGUGUACUACGAUGACUCCAACUACGAUUACAUGCAGCAUCUGCGCGAGCUAGGAAGCGGCACCGGAGAUGCGUACUUUGUCGAAGCAAAGACUGAGAAGUCCAAGGGCAGAGCUGGUCGAGGGAUGAAGCUGGAAGAUGCGUUGCGACAGGUCUCGCUCGUGGAUAAAGAUACCUAUCAGAGCGCCUCCGCCGGUCCCAGUCUUUAUGGCUCCCAAUAUGGUGACAUGCGCUCAACUGCGUCGUCCUAUGUUCGUAAGCCAACCUAUCAGGACCAGCAGAAUGUUCCAGACGCAAUUGCUGGAUUCAAGCCUGACAUGGACCCACGGCUGCGAGAGGCCCUGGAGGCCCUGGAGGACGAAGCCUUCGUGGAGGACGGCGACGAUGACGGAAUCUUUGACCAAUUAACAGCCAAUGCGGAGGAAAUAGACGAGGGCGACUGGGAGGAUUCUCUGUUUGACGAUGUCGAAGAUGAGGGAUGGGAGUCGGAUGCUACAGAGAAAGCGCCCGUGCAGCCGGAUAGCACCAAGGCCGAGCGCUCAUUCGAUGAUGACCUGCCAGAAGGGCCCGCGAAGCCACCAAUGGACCCCAGCGAGAUGCCUGAGCCUGAUAAGCCUGCUCCCGACAUGGAGCCCACUGACCAGAGUUGGAUGAGCGAGUUCGCCAAGUUCAAGAAAGAUGCCAAGGCCGGCAAUGCUCCCACACCUGCUGCACCCACAAUCGCAGCAUCACAGACAAUGGCAUCAACCGUUUUCACCGCUGGCGGAACACCAAUUCGCCGGAAGAAGCGCAAGGGUGCUCUGACUAACCCGUCUGCGUACUCGAUGACAUCGUCCGCCCUGGCUCGUACUGCUGGCCACCGUCUCCUUGACGACCGAUUUGACAAGGUUGAGCAACUCUACUCUCUUGACGAGGAAGACGAAUACGAUGACAACAUGUCCAUGAUCAGCGGAAUGACAGGUGCAACCGGCAUGACGGGCAUGUCCACCGCAUCAUCCCAGGCCCCUAGUCUGGUCGACGGAAAUGGUGAUGCCGUGCACAGCCGGAGCACCUUCAACAACGUCAUGGACGACUUCCUCUCCAGCUGGGACCCCAACACCAGUGGCCAGGCGAAGCGACACGGCGCUAAACACAAGCGUGGUAAGAACGGCAACGAGGCCAUUGGCAUCAGGAUGCUCGACGAGGUGCGAUCCGGUCUUGGCCCAGCUCGGAUUCGAGGCAAGGGCAAAGUCUCCGGAACAGCUUAG